CAACUCGUUUCUUUACCAACUCAUGCUAUCGUCAAUUGCAUAGUACCCUUUGUAUAAGAAGGGCGUGCGUGGCCAUUGACGGAUAAUAAUACCCUGUCCCGAAUGACCUAUUAUACGUAUUUAGAGUUGUACCGCUGUGCUCAAUAUACUAUGGUUUUAUUUAAGUGCUAUGGAAUGUGCCCAGGUCCGAGAAAAAGCUGAAAGUUCCCUAUACAAUAUUCACUUUGUUUGAUACUAUGUAACUCGGUCACUCUAGGCAGUCGAGCGCUAUCCGGGGAUAUUUGCAUAGUGUUGCACAUAGUUGAACAUGAAGUCUAGACGAUAAGAACGAGACCGUAUAUAGUGGCAUUACCAGGUACUUCUUCCCCUUAUCAUACCUUAUGCUAACUUUGCUCUUAGCUGUUGCACGGUUUGCUGAACCCCUCGCCUAUACCUCUGUUUUUCCAUACCUCCCUGAGAUGAUCGCUAGUUUCGGCGUCGAACAGAAAGAAGUUGCAAAAUGGGCCGGCGUCACCAGCUCUGUAUUUUCCUUGGCUCAGAGCUUAACCGCUGUAGCUUGGGGCAGGGCAUCUGAUCGUAUAGGCAGAAAACCUGUCAUCAUGGUUGGGCUUCUCUGUACCAUGACUUGUUUCCUGAUUUGGGGGAUGUCGACAAGCCUAACAAUGGCUAUUGUUGUUCGCGCCAUCCAAGGAGCAUGCAAUGGAAACGUUGGUAUUAUUAGGACGAUGGUUGCCGAGAUGGUGACCGAGAGAGAACUCCAACCGAAGGCCUUCUCUGUAAUGCCUUUAGUCUGGAGUAUCGGUUCGGUAUUCGGGCCCGCUUUCGGUGGCCUUUUCGCAAAGCCAGCAGAUCAAUGGCCAGGUGUUUUCGGCAACAGCAAGUUCUUGAAGGACUAUCCGUUUGCUUUCCCUAAUAUUAUAGGUUCCGUGUUUUUUAUGAUAUCUCUCGCGACCGGUAUUCUCUUCCUCAAGGAAACAUUGCAUAGUAAACGCCAUACGCGGGACUGGGGUCUCGUCCUUGGCGACCGCAUUAAGGAGGCAUUCAUGGUUUCCCCUCGACGACGAGCGCAACGGCUACGACGGUAUUCAAUUCAAGACGCAGAAGUAUCAGCGCCACUAUUAGGAACAACCACUACUACAAAGACGGCAAGGGUCUCUAUUAUAGAGACGAAGAUCCAUGAUCAUAAACCUUUACCUCUGAGUGCGGUAUUCAGCCGCCAAAGCGUCAUCAAUCUUAUCACCUACACAUUCCUAGCCUUACACUCCGUCGCAUACGACCAAGUUCUGCCCGUGUUCCUCAACUACCCACCAGUAGCCCAUACCCCCGAGAACACGUCGCUCCCCUUUUCCUUUAGCGGCGGCUUCGGUUUAACCCACGCCCGUAUUGGUACCAUCUUCGCAGGAUACGGUAUCGUCUCCGGGCUAAUUCAGUUUCUCCUAUUCCCCUCAUUGUGCAAGCGCUUCGGUGUGCUAAGCUGCUUCAGGGCCUGCGUUUUGAUCUUCCCCCUUGUUUACAUUGUCACUCCCUACACGGUGCUAUUCGAAGACACGACCACGCGCUACACUCUCCUCUGCAUCAUCCUAGUCGUCAAGUCGUUCGCGGUGAUCGUCGGCUUCCCCUGCACCACCAUUCUACUCACCAACAGCGCCACCAGUCUGAACAUCCUCGGCACCCUCAACGGCUUCGCGACUACGUUUAGCGCUCUGGGACGUGCCAGUGGUCCAGCUAUGUCCGGCGUUGCCUUCACCUGGGGUGUCAAGCACAACAUGAUCAGUCUACCGUGGUGGAUCCUAGCAUUCAUAGCAGUUUUAGGGGCCAUACCUGCGUGGAUGAUCGUUGACACCGACGGGCCGAGCGGUGCUAGUUCCCCGGCUGACAGCGAAGACGAGGAGGACAUCGAGGUUGAUGACGAGAUUAUAAUCGACGACAGCGAAGAGGACGACGAGAUCAACGGACCUGAGGCUACCCGAACACAAGAAGAUGUCCUCAUAGCAGGCUCACGGCCUGCUAACAACUAUGGAACACUAGGGACUGGGAAAGUCCUGACCCCGACUACGUAACCAGAUGGCCUUACGGUGGGGGAUUUAUGACUUUUGAGGGGAUGUAUAUGUUGGCUCUCACGAUAGUAAGUAAAUGU